GCCUAAUGCUGAUUAGCGGAUUGUGCGUGUGGCCUCGCCACACACUGGCGCUCUUCGCGCAAAUUUGCGUUGUUGCAUGGUUAUCCCUUGAGCGAACGUCGAUGCGAACUGACCGGAAGAAAUGCCCUAACACAUAGUGCAAUAACACUUAUUAAUCUGACCGGUAUUAGGCAGCAAUGGCAGGUUCGAAAGGCAGAGCUGCAAGCGGUGGAGGAAUCUCUCGUUGGCUCUUCGUUGCAGCGGGCUUGGUCGCCAUCGCGGCAGCACUCAUCACCUACCGUACCCGUGGACCGUUUAAGUCCCCGGUGCUCUCACCCUUAAAAGCACCAAAGCUUACGGAGUUGGCGGAAUUCGAUGCAGCUUACAAGGACCAAAUGCUGUGGGGGAGCUACCGCUCGGGGCUGUACUUCGGCAUGCGCACGCGGACACCCAAAGCGCUGCUGUCCGGCCUGUUGUGGUUCGACCCGGAUGACCCCAACACGCUGAAUGAGAUGAGGGCACGGCACGAGGCCAGCCACGGGGAUCGGCUUACCUCGUACGGAUGGAAGAAGCACGACGGCCGUACGUACGGCACGCAACAGCUCAUCGACGGGGAGUACAACAUCACACUCUCCAUGCUCAAGUCCUUUUCCCCCGAGUCGGGUCCCGGAGGCGAUUGGUCGGUGCGGCUGCAGCUGGGGCGCACCUCGGGACUGCCCGGCAGGCGGCGGCGCAUCAGCGUGGUGAUGUACCUGGGGGAUGAGGACACGCCGCGGGAGCCGUGGCAGGUACUGCCCGAGGGCGAGGUGGGCGACCUGCGCGGCGGCCCCGUCACCUUGCUGUCGGGCGCCAGCAGCGCACUGGGGCGGGGGGCCGGCCGCUGGGCGCUGCAUGCGCUGGAGAGCGGGGCAGGCUCCUCCCGCAGUCGCGGCUGCCGGCUGGACUACCUGAGCAUGGGUCUGGAGCAGAAGGGCUACCUGCUGCGGGUGAAGGAGCUGAUGCUGAGCACCAUGUGGGAGCGGCUGGAGAGGCAGCCCAGCAGCAACCGCUUCCGCCUCUACCUGCCCAACGGCGCCACCACCUCCGCCGACCUAGCCCUGUUCCAGGUGACGUGUGUGCUGCCCGCAACUGUGGACUUCGCAUUCACAAGCAGCAGCAGCGGCGGCAGCAGUGGGGCAGGCCCGGCUGCCUGGUCGGGGCGGCUGGACUCGCUGCUGGGUGGCGGGCUGGAGGGGGGCCUGGCGGAGCAGGAGCGGCGGUUCGAUGAGAGGUUCGACCGCGUGUUCGGAGAGGGUAUGCGGCGGGGCGGGGCGGCUGUGGCAGCGGCUGCGGGCGAGGGUGACGGCGGCAGCAGCGACCCCGAGGCUGCCUCCCCCUCCGCCUCCCCCUCCCUGCCCGAGGGCACCCUGGAGGUGUCCCGGGCUGCGCUGUCCAACCUGCUGGGCAGUGCGGGCUACUUCUACGGCAGCUCGCUGGUGCGCACGGGCGGCCCCGAGUCGGAUCCGCAGCCCUACUGGCCCGCACCGCUGUUCAGCGCGGUGCCCAGCCGCAGCUUCUUCCCGCGCGGCUUCCUGUGGGACGAGGGCUUCCACCAGCUGCUGGUGCAGAAGUGGGACCCCCAGCUGAGUCGCGACAUGAUAGCGCACUGGCUGGACCUCAUGAACACGCAGGGCUGGAUUCCCAGGGAGCAGAUCCUGGGUGAGGAGGCGCGCAGCCGGGUGCCCUCGGAGUUCGUGGUGCAGAACCCCAGCCACGCCAACCCGCCCUCGCUCUUCCUGCCCAUCGCAAAGAUGGCGGCACAGCUGGUGGCAGCGGCGGAACGGAGCAGCAGCAGCAGCGGCGGCAGCGGUAGCAGCGGCGCAGCAGAGCUGCCUGCCGAAGAGGCGCAGGAGCUGCAGCGCGUGUCGGCAUUCCUGCGCCGCGCCUGGCCGCGGCUGGAGGCCUGGUACAACUGGUUCAACACGACACAGGCGGGGCCGCUGCCGGGGACCUUCAGGUGGCACGGUCGCGACCCGGCCGCGGCUUCCGAGCUGAACCCCAAGACGCUCACCAGCGGUCUCGACGACUACCCGCGCGCCAGCCACCCCGACGACUCGGAGCGCCAUCUGGAUCUGCGGUGCUGGCUGGCACUGGCGGCAAAGGCCAUGUACGACAUCGGUUCCUCGCUGCAGCUGCCCGCCCCCGCCGUGGCGCGCUACCGUGCGGCGGCGGAGCAGCUGGGGUCGCUGGGGCCGCUGCGGCGACUGCACUUCGAUGAGGGGCGCGGGUGGUUCGCGGACUGGGGCACACACACGGAGGAGGUGGAGCUGGAGGUCAAGAGUAUCACGGUGCCCGGUGCGCCCGGUCAGCCGCCGCAGCGCCGCGACGUCUCCACACGCGUCACCAAGGGCUGGCCGCUGCCGCAAUUCGUACCGCAAUUCGGCUACGUCUCCCUCUUCCCACUGAUCAUGGAGCUCCUCCCAACGGGUGAGGCGGUCCAUAACAGCAGCAGCAGCAGCAACAACACCGCCGCGGCGGCGGAUGACGUCGCCGGUGGGCAAGCCGCCGGAGCUGGAGGCGCUGAACUUACACUCCAGCAGCUGGCAUUGCUCCAGGAUCCCAACCUGCUGUGGAGCCCCUCGGGGCUGCGUUCCCUAGCCGCCACGGCAUCACUGUACAAGAAACGCAACACAGCCGAUGAUCCGCCGUACUGGCGUGGGCAGAUCUGGAUCAACAUUAAUUAUCUCGUGCUUCGCGCGCUGUCGCACUACGCAGCAGCUGGCGGCGAGGUGGGGCGAGUGGCGGCGGCAGCGCAUGAUGAACUUCGCGCGCGGUUGUUAACCACGUUGGUUGGGAACUACCAACGGAAUGGUUAUUUGUACGAGCAGUACGAUGAUGAGACGGGACGGGGGAUGAGCAGCCAUCCGUUCACUGGUUGGACGGCGCUGGUGACCCUCAUAGCUGCGCAGGAGUACUGAGAAGU